AAAUACGUUCCCAAACUCGGGAUACAAUAGAAGUCGUCGAUAGAAACAAAAAGUCAUAAGGAAAGAUUGAGAGGCAAGAAAGAAUAAGAAAGCGUUUGAUUCCAAUUCUUCCCAAUUCACUCUCCAUCCAAUCCAACACAAACAAACCAACAAUUCCCUGAAAAUAUUUACUAGGGUUAUUAACGCAUUUAUUUUCUUUCUUACAUCUUUCUGAUUCUCUCUCUCUCAACUCACAACUUUGGUAUAAUUACGCCAUCGGUCGAGGCUGUGUGUCAACAACUGCCUUUAAGAGUCCAGUAAGACUGGUGCUAGUUUGGGAACUGAUUGUCAAGGGACGAGUCAAGGAAAAUUACAUUAUUGGGUACCAGCUUCUACUGCAUGGACCUCCUAGCUGAUGUGGCAUAAAUGGAAGGAGUUCUUCAAGAAAUAUGCCAAUUUUUUGCUGGGGAUUAAUGCAACCAUUUUCAAUGGUAGACUUGAAAGGUGUCCACCAUCCAACCAUAUCUUAUAGGCGUAUACGACCCUCUGAUUUAGUGUUGCUUGAGAAAAUCCAUUGUGAUCUAUUCCCUAUUAGGUACGAGUCUGAGUUCUUCCAUAAUGUUGUUAACGGCCAUGACAUUGUAUCUUGGGGAGCUGUUGACUGCAGUCGACCAAACGGUCAAAAUGAUGAACUCAUUGGAUUUGUUACUGCAAGAGUUGUUCAAGCAAAAGACAGUGAGAUAGAAGAUUUGCUCAGUUUUGACUCCUCAAAGUCAGAUCAAACACUAGUUUACAUUCUGACACUGGGAGUGGUAGAAUCUUAUAGAAACUUUGGUAUAGCCACUUCACUUGUUAGAGAGGUUAUCAACUAUGCCUCAAGUAUUCUGACGUGCCGAGCAGUUUACCUCCAUGUGAUUUCUUACAAUAUGCCAGCCAUCCAUUUCUACGAGAAAAUGUCUUUCCAAUGUGUACGAAAGUUGCAUGGUUUUUAUUUCAUUAAUGGCCAGCAUUAUGAUUCGUUCUUGUUUAUCUACUACCUCAAUGGAGGUCGAUCUCCUUGCUCACCACUGGAGCUUCUGACGCGCAUUGCAGCUUAUGUGAGGAAUGGGCUUAAUCUGGUUGCUGCAAAGCUAUGGAAAAAUGAUGGGAAGAAGGCCUCUAGAUGGCCUAAUAAUAAAGAAACCUGUUGCCUUCUAACAUCAACGCAUAAUAAGAGAUCAAUCCUUAUGACUCAAGAAAUAAUUUCUAAGAACUCAAAAUAGAUUGCAUUUUUAUAAAGACCGAUGAAACUCUUGUAAGUCUGAUAUUCGAUGAGAACAACAGAAAAGGAUUAUUUCAUAAUUGUUAUGCAUAAGAUGGAUCGGAGGACAGACAAACAGGAAUGUUGAUACUUGAAGUUGAUGAUGAUUGAUCAUUCGGUGGUCUUCGACUAUUUUGUUGUUGUUGAUCACCAGAUGAUUGGCAGCCGCUUCCAUAAUCAUCACGAGUGGCUGAAUGCUGACCACAGGAGGCAUUAGUAGCAGCCUCUUCCUUGGCAUCGUACUCAAUCAUUGGUCUGGUGAUGCAACAAUCCUCCCCUUUCUCUAUGAUUUCAAAGCGAACCCAAUAGACAAUGAAUCCUAUGUCAAGAUAUCCUCCUUCAACAGCCUCUGCUUCUUUCACUCGCUUCUCAUCAUCAAUCUUGGUAAACUUCUCCUUGUAAGAGGUAAACACAGAUUUGCCUAGUCCAAUCAGACAACAAUACACAGUUAUUUCAGUUGGUAGGUAUAUAACUGUAUAACUAUAUAUAUAUAUACAUACCUGGUGGAAAUAUUAGGUGGAGUACAGUUCCAA